AGUUGCCUGUGUUUCGGGACCAGCUAGAGUCAACCCCCCCGGUCGGCCCAACUCCGGCGGGGCAAGUCCGGCCCACGACUAUGCCAGGUCCCACCUGUCAUGCAACCCCAAACCCGAUCGAUCGAGUCCCCGGCGCACGCCACGCUCGGCCGCUCGGAUCAUCUCGCCGGCAAGGCACUUCCAGGGACGCCAAGAUCGGCAGGUUCUUCGACGCCGUGGGCGCCUUCCUCUCCGGCGGCGACAACGUCCCCUGGUGCGACAGCGACAUCAUCGCCGGAUGCGAGAGGGACGUGGAGGAGGCGGCGACGGAAGAGCACAGGAAGGACGGCAUCAUGAGGCUGUCCUGGGCGCUCGUGCACUCGAGGAGCCAGGCCGACGUCAACCGUGGGAUCGGCAUGCUCCAAGCGUCUCUGGGUGGCGGUUCCAGCAGCAGUCCGUUGCAGACGAGGGAGAAGCUCUAUCUGAUGGCUGUUGGGCACUACAGGAAUGGCGAUUACCCCAGGAGCCGCCAACUCCUCCUACACUGCUUGGAGAUUCAACCUGAUUGGAGGCAGGCCCUGGCAUUGAAGAAGGCAGUGGAAGAUCAAAUCGGUACAGAUGGCAUGAUUGGCAUAGGAAUCGCCACGACUGCCGUUGGCCUGCUGAUCGGGAUUGCUGCUGCUGUUGCCCGGAAGAGUUGAGAUCGUAGUACUGGUCCGGUGGUCCCUGGUUGAUUUUCUUGGAUUUUGCUAACAUCUCGGUACAAUUGCUGAACUGCAACCAACAAUUUCUCUUUCUUCACACUUACGCAAGUAAAGUUGAUCUGCUCUAGUCCUCUCUUGUGUAAGUUCUAGAAACAAGUUGUCAUGCAUGUGACUACAUGACGAGUAAAACUUUCUUGUGCUCCUUAGUACAAAAUAAUUCAGACAAAA